GUGUCGCACGAAAAGUGCUUUGAGAGACUUGAGCACUGCAGUCCCCCGACUGUGUCAAGUGUACCUGCACACCUACUCAGCCUCGACGAACUCGUGUUGUUUUCUACAGACAAAGGAAGAAAAUGGCCACAAUUAAAUGAGACAAGAUAGUAUAUUUUAAAGAUGUCCGAAUUAGAGAUAGAGGAUCCUCGAGUAUUUACGAUAGCAGAGCUUGUCCUUCAGGCAUUUAGACAGAAGCCGGACAAGUUUCUGAAGCCUUACGACCUGGAGGAUGUGCGUAAACUAUACAUGGACUUUUUUGAAUUCCCUGACCGCAAAAUGUUGUACAUCUCUCUCACUCCUGCAGGCUUGGUGUCCACAGAGACUUCGUGGCCCUCAAACCCAAAGAGCAAAGGUUUCUACUUUGUAAAGAGGAAACCUGAACCGAUACCGAGGGAAGCCAAGAUCAAAAAGGUUUUGAUGUACGGCGAGAUGUCGCCUUCCGUUGUGGAACAUUUCUCGCUGCUUAUAGAUGAGGUGCUGGUGCCGUUGUUUUCCAACAGUGGUAAUUAUGCCACCUGGCCCAGGGUUGUCGCGCAGGACAUCACUCUCCAGGUCAACGCGCUGCAGUGCAACGUCUUCAUGGUGGCCGGCCAGACCCGCGGCCAGACGCUGCUGCCUCUUCCACCGGGCAUCGACAAGCCGGAAUUCGUGGAGGAACUCAAGAAAGAGGAGAACUUUGACCCCCGGGUGAUCCACGCCAUCGAGACAGUCGUGAUUGAAUGGAGCCAUGAGCUACACGAAGUCCUUAGACACAACUCCUUCGAGAUUGUCCCGGAUGCCACGUGCUCCUUUCCCUUUAUUGAAUUCACGUUUUGGGAAAACAGGUGCAGGAGCUUGGCAGGCAUAUACCAGCAGUUCUCUGAUCCUAGGGUCGAGAGAAUGACAACGAUGCUGGAACGCAGCAAAAGCAGUUAUUGUCACAUCUUCACCAUAUUCCGAGACACGAUUGCAGCUUUUGACGAAGCCCGCGAUAUCAAGAUCUACAUCGAGCCUCUGAAGGCGCAGCUGGACCUCCUGGAGCAGGCGGACUACGAUGACUGUGCCAAGCACUUUGGACCCAUCAUGCACACCCUGUGCCUCACCUGGGCCAACUCGCGCUACUUCAACAGACCUGCUCGCAUCAUCAUCCUCCUUCAAGAAAUCGGCUACAUGCUGACAGAAAAGGCUCGAGGGUACUUUUCACCUGACCAGAUCUUGAAGGGGGAUCCGGAGGAGAGUAUGCCCGGCAUUCGCAAAGGCUUGAACAUCCUGUAUAAGUUCAAAAAAUCUUUCGAAGAACAUCAGCAAAAAAUACAAACCUACUUCAAAGACAACAGAGAGCCACGCCUAUGGAAUUUCAACUCCGACGCGAUUUUCUCUCGCUUUGACAAAUUCACUCAUCUGGUGGAGACGGUUGUGGCUGUAAUAGAUACGUUCUUGGAGUUCUCCAAACUGGAGAAAAUAGAGCUCGGUGGUAUCAAGGGAAGGAUUCUCUCUGAUCUGGUCAUGGACAUUUACAAGGAAUUUAACGAAGACUACAAAGUGUUCUCUGAAAGUACCUUCGAUCCUCUUGACCCUGACAAACCGGAAUUCAUGGACACGUACGCGAACUUUCUCUUAAAUAUGAAAGACAUGGACCGUCGCCUAGGAACCAUCGUCGCACGAGGCUUCGACGACUGCACCACACUUGAGGCUGCAUUCAAAAUCAUCCUUAUGAUGUCCGGGCUUCUGAAGAGGCCACUGAUCGCCAAAGACUUCGAGUGCAAGUACCCGAUCCUGAUGAACAUGCUGAACGAAGAGCUGGACACAUCCAAGCUCAUCGUGGAGAAGCAGUUGGCCAGCAUCCGGAAUAAGCAGGAGCGGCCCUUCAUCCACAAGAACAUGCCGCAGACUGCAGGUUUGCUUCGCUGGGCCCACGAGAUACGGGAACGAGUCGGCAAGCCCGUGACACUGUUUGGAAACCUCAACCACCCGUGCGUGAAAUCCGACAAUGCAGAACUGCUGUUCGUCAAAUACGACGAGUUGAUGGACCUCCUGGGCCAGUUUGAGGACGACGUGUACGGGAAGUGGAUAGCAGGCGUGGAUGAAGCCUGUGCAUUUAAUCUCGGACAGCCACUUAUCACAAGAAACAAGAAAACCAAUCUCAUCAGCGUCAACUUUGACCCGAAGCUGGUUGCAGUGCUCCGUGAAGUGAAGUAUGUGAAGCUCCGACAGAAGGAGGGGAUUCCGUCGAGUGCCGAGACCCUGUACGCCCAGAAUAACACCUUCUUUAAGUUCGUGGCCAACCUGGACAUGUCGGUGCGUUGGUACAACAAGGUGCGCAAGGAAGCUCUGGACGUGGAGUUCCCGCUGAUCGAAGCCGAGCUGACUCGACUCGACUCGGAACUGCAGGAAGCAGAGACCGGCCUGCACUGGAAGGAUGAAGGUGUGUGGGAAUAUAUAGUGAAAAUUAGAGAUAAGAUCCACGAUCUGGAGCGACGGGUACAGAAGAGCAAGGACAAUGUGGCGACGAUUCAGAACAUCAUGACCACUUGGAACACCACUCCUCUGUACGAGCGCAGGGAGGAAAAGACUUCGUGCUACCUGAACCUCGACAACAGGUACGACAGGUGCGCCAAGCGGUACGCCGAGAUCGACGCUGCCGGAGAGAGAAUCCAUGGUCUGCUUCAGGAAAACCUGCAGCUUUUGGGGGCCAGCGAAGACACUGCCACGUGGAAGGCUUACGUGGACUACGUGGACGAAAUGGUAGUGGCGGGCUUCGUGGGGACAGUGGUGUGCUCCCUGCAGUACUUUCUCGACAACACCGACGCAGCCAAGCAGCCUGAACCGCUGUUACGAGCCAUUAUGGAACUCAUUGUGCCGGAAAUUGUCUUCUCACCUGCAAUGGAGUACGGUGUCAGCGACAGCCUCAUGAAGUUGAUAGAAGGACUGAUGAAUGAUGUGUACAAGCAGGCGUCACACGUACCCCGGUUGUCGCUGCGGAGUGGAAAGUCUUACGAGAAUGAAAUGGAUGAAAUGGAGGACCUCAACACCAUGCGCGAAGAGCUGAUGGAGAGGAGUCAGAGCGUCAUGCACCAGGCCAACGAGUACAAACACUCGUUCAACGACUACGCGUAUCUGUGGGUCGACGACCGCGACCAGUUCAUGCGAAUGUUUCUGCUGUACGGCCGCCAAGUCACCCACUACGAGCUGGAGGCAGAAACCGCCAUACCCGAGAAUCCACCCACUCUGGAACAGUUUAAAGGUCAGAUCGACUCCUAUGAGAAGAUUUAUCUGGAUGCUCAAAAUAUUGAGGGCAAGAAGUUAAUCGACAGCUGGUUUCUCAUCUACUCCGAACCAUUCAAGCAAGGUCUCAUUAACACCAUCAAAACAUGGAGCUUCAUGUUCAAACAACAUCUGAUAGACAACGUGAAGAACAGCCUGCAAGGACUGGAAGACUUCAUUAAAAGGGCUGAAGUGGGUCUGCGGGAAGUGAAGGAAGGAGACUACGACAGUCUGGUGAAAGUCAUGGGCUUCCUAGGAGAAGUGCGUGAGCGCAUGGCGGAAACAGACGAGAUGUUCGAACCGCUGAAACAGAAGAUUGAAUUGUUGAAGACCUACAAUCAGGAAAUGCCAGAAAACGUUUUCUUACAGCUUCAGACUCUGCCCGAAAUGUGGGCGAACACCAAGAAGGCUUCCAUCACGACCAAGCAGGCCAUAGCGCCCAUACAAGCCAACGAGGUGAUGAACAUCCAGCGCCGGGUGGCGGCCUUCGACGUCACGCAGCACAAGUACCGCGAGAAGUUCCGUGGCCUCGAGUUCUUCCGUUCCUCCUGCAAGAAACCCUACGAUCUGCUCGACCAGAUAAACGUCGAGAUCGAGGAACUGGAGGCAGAAAUGACUGCACUAGGGGAGGCUGGGCAUCUGUUCGCCGUGGCCGUUCCCGAGUACAAGCAGCUCAGGUUCUGCCGCAAGGAGAUCCGGUUUGUCAAGCAGCUGUGGGACCACGUCUACGUCGUCAGCUCUUCCUUCGACGAGUGGAGGUCCACCCCAUGGAAGGACAUCAACGUGGAGCAGAUGGACAUGGACUGUAAGAAGUUUGCGAAGGACAUCCGCGCUCUAGACAAAGAGAUGCGGGCGUGGGACGUGUAUACGGUGAUGGAGGACGACAUCAAGAACAUGAUCACGUCCCUCAAGGCCGUGGGUGACCUGCAGAAUCCAUCUAUCAGGGAUCGUCACUGGCAGCAGCUCAUGGAGGCCACGGGGGUUCAUUUCGUCAUGGACGAGCACACUGUGCUGAUGGACUUGCUGAAGCUAAACCUACACAAGUACGAAGAAGAGGUGCGAACCAUCGUGGACAAGGCUGUCAAAGAGACAAGCAUGGAAAAACUGCUGAGGGAGCUGGAUGUCACCUGGAAGCAGAUGGAGUUCGAACACAUCCAGCAUCCUCGCACUGGGAUCACCCUACUGAGGGCCAGUGAAGAGGUGGUUGAGACCCUGGAGGACAAUCAGUCCCAAGUGCAGAACAUGAUGGCGUCCAAGUACAUCGCUUUCUUCCUGAAGGAGGUGUCUCAGUGGCAGAUCAAACUGUCCACCGCAGACCAGGUUGUCAACAUUUACAUGGAAGUGCAGCGCACCUGGCAGCAUCUGGAGAGCAUCUUCAUCGGCUCUGAGGACAUCCGCAACCAGCUGCCCGAGGAUUCUGCACGCUUCGAAAUGAUUGACAAGAAAUUUAAGGAGAUUGUGAAGAGCGUGACGAAGACGAAGAACGUGGUGAAGGCCACCAACAUACCCAACCUCUACGAGAAGCUGGACUACCUGCAAGGUGAGCUUGCCAAGUGCGAGAAAGCUCUGGCCGAAUACCUGGAGACCAAGCGCCUGGCUUUUCCAAGAUUCUACUUUGUGUCGUCUGCUGAUCUUCUGGACAUCCUGUCCAACGGCAACAGCCCGCCGAGUGUGAUGAAGCACCUGACUAAACUCUUCGACAGCCUGGCCAAGCUGAAACUGGAAAAAGAUUCCGCGGGCACCGAGCUGAAGUCAGCCAAUGGCAUGUGGAGCAAAGAUGGAGAGUACGUUGCCUUGGCAAAGUCCUGCGACCUCCAGGGUCAGGUGGAGAACUGGCUCAACAACGUGCUGGACGUGAUGAUCAUCACAGUUCGCCACGAGAUGUCCGAAGCCAUCGUCUGCUACGAGGACAAGGCGCGUGACGAAUGGCUGUUUGACUUCCCCGCCCAGGUGGCGCUGUGUGGCACCCAGAUCUGGUGGACGACAGAAGUGAACCAGGCCUUCGCGCGGCUUGAGGAGGGAUUCGAAAAUGCAAUGAAGGAUUACAACAAAAAACAGAUCCAGCAGCUGAACGCGCUCAUCAACCGGCUGAUCGGGGAUUUGUCGAAAGGCGACCGCCAGAAGAUCAUGACCGUGUGCACCAUUGAUGUCCACGCACGUGAUGUGGUGGCCAAGAUGAUUCUGCAGAAGGUGGACAGCUCGCAGGCCUUCGUGUGGCUGUCGCAGCUCCGCCAUCGCUGGGACGACAAGGUCCAAGACUGCUUCGCCAACAUUUGCGAUGCCCAGAUCCUGUACUCGCACGAGUACCUGGGCAACACCCCUCGCCUCGUUAUUACACCUUUGACCGACAGAUGCUACAUCACACUGACACAGUCUUUGCACCUCAUCAUGGGUGGAGCACCAGCAGGACCUGCGGGUACGGGUAAAACAGAAACUACCAAGGAUCUUGGACGUGCUUUGGGGAUCAUGGUCUAUGUGUUUAACUGCUCUGAGCAGAUGGACUAUAAGUCGGUGGGCAACAUCUACAAGGGCUUGGCUCAGUCAGGAACCUGGGGAUGCUUUGAUGAAUUCAACCGCAUCGCCGUGGAGGUGCUGUCUGUCAUCGCUGUGCAAGUCAAGAGCAUCCAGGACGCCAUCCGAGAUAAAAAGUCUAAAUUUAACUUCAUGGGGAUAAUCGCCCUCAAGCCCACCGUGGGACUGUGGAUUACCAUGAACCCUGGAUACGCGGGAAGGACAGAGUUACCGGAGAAUUUAAAGGCUUUGUUCAGGCCGUGUGCAAUGGUGGUUCCUGACUUUGAGCUGAUUUGCGAGAUCAUGCUUGUGGCAGAAGGUUUCAUCGAGGCGCGUUUGCUGGCUCGGAAAUUUAUCACACUGUACAGCCUGUGCAAAGAACUUCUGUCCAAACAGGACCACUAUGACUGGGGCCUUCGCGCCAUCAAGUCUGUACUUGUGGUGGCCGGCGCCCUCAAGCGAGGUGACAGGGCGAGACCAGAAGAUCAGGUGCUGAUGCGAGCUCUCCGCGACUUCAACGUGCCGAAGAUCGUGGUGGAGGACAUGCCUGUCUUCAUGGGCCUCAUCGGCGAUCUCUUCCCGGCGCUUGACGUCCCCAGGAAGCGGGACUUGGAAUUGGAGAAGAAUAUUCACAAGGCCACGGUGCAGGUGUCGCUGCAGCCGGAAGACAACUUUAUCUUGAAGUGUGUGCAGCUGCAGGAGUUGUUCGAGGUGCGCCACUCCGUGUUUUUGCUGGGGCCGGCGGGCUGCGGCAAGUCCAAGGUGUGGACGACACUACAGCGCACCUACAAGAACCUGGGCCGCAAGCCCACGAGCGUCAUCCUGGACCCCAAGUCCGUCAGCAACGACGAGCUGUUUGGAAUCAUCAACCCAGCCACGCGCGAGUGGAAAGAUGGCCUGUUCGCGGUGGUCAUGAGGGACCUGGCCAACAUGACGGGCGACGGGUCCAAGUGGAUUGUUCUGGAUGGUGACAUCGACCCCAUGUGGAUCGAGUCCCUGAACACCGUCAUGGACGACAACAAGAUCCUCACCCUCGCCAGCAACGAGCGCAUCCCGCUGACGCCGACCAUGAGACUGCUGUUCGAGAUCAGCCACCUCAAGACGGCCACCCCGGCAACCGUGUCCCGCGCCGGCAUCCUCUUCAUCAACACCACGGACUUGGGCUGGAACCCAUUCGUUCAGAGCUGGAUCGAGAGCCGCGAGGUCCAGACGGAGAAGGCCAACCUGACGGUGCUGUUCGAGAGGUACGUGCCUAUACUGCUGGAUGUGCUCAAGGUGCGCUUCAAGAAGAUCACCCCCAUCGUGGAGAUCGCGCACGUGCAGAUGCUGUGCCACUUGCUGGAGUGUCUCCUGAAGCCUGAAGUCAUCAACCCAGACUCUCCCAAAGAGUUGUACGAGCUCUACUUCACCUUCGCCUGCAUCUGGGCUUUUGGUGGGGUUCUCUUCCAAGACCAGCUCACAGACCAUCGGGUCGAGUUCACCAAAUGGUGGACGACUGAGAUGAAGGCAGUGAAGUUCCCGUCCACUGGCACUGUCUUUGACUACUACAUCGACCCAGAGAGCAAGAAGUUUGAGCCCUGGACUAAACUCGUCCCCAAUUUCGAGUUCAAUCCAGAUGAACCACUUCAGGCCACGUUGGUCCACACGGCGGAGACGACUCGCACGCGCUUCUUCCUGGACAUGCUGAUCGCCAAGAAGCAGCCGGUCAUGCUGGUGGGCAACGCCGGGACGGGCAAGACCGUACUGAUGCAAGACAAGCUGAACAGCCUGAACAAGGACGAGUACAUGAUCGCCAACGUCCCCUUCAACUUCUACACCACGUCGGCGCUGCUGCAGUUGGUGCUGGAGAAGCCGCUGGAGAAAAAGGCAGGGAGGAAUUAUGGGCCGCCCGGAACCAGACGACUGAUCUACUUUGUUGACGAUCUGAACAUGCCAGAGGUGGACCAGUAUUUCACGGUACAGCCGCACACCUUCAUGCGCCAGCACAUCGACCACAAGCACUGGUACGAUCGUGUCAAGCUUUCCCUGAAGGAGAUUCACAAGACGCAGUACGUGGCCUGCAUGAACCCUACCGCCGGCUCCUUCACCAUCGACCCCCGCUUGCAACGUCACUUCUGCGUGUUCGCCAUGAACUUCCCGAACAAAGAAGCGCUGAUGACCAUCUACUCCAGCAUCCUGUCGCAGCACAUGGCGCUGGCCAACUUCCAGGGCGUGGUGCAGAGGUUCGCCACCAACCUGGUCGGCGCCGCCCUCAACCUGCACACCCGCAUUGCUACUUCUUUCCUGCCCACCGCCAUCAAGUUCCACUACGUCUUCAACCUGCGAGACCUCUCCAACAUUUUCCAGGGCAUCCUCUUCAGCGGCGCCGAUUGCGCCAAGACUCACUGGGAGCUGGUCCGGCUCUGGCUCCACGAGAGCGCACGUGUGUACCGAGACAAGCUCGUUGACCUCGAUGACAUCGUCAUGUACGACAAAACGGCCAAGGACGUCGUCAAGAAGACAUUUGAGGAUGUAGACGAAGAGGUCGUGUUUAAGGAGCCCGUCAUCUACUGUCACUUCGCUCUAGGCAUCGGCGACCCCAAGUACAUGCCUGUCCUGAACUGGGAGAGCCUGAACAAGGUGCUGAUAGAAGCCCUGGACAACUACAACGAGCUCAACGCCGCCAUGAACCUCGUACUCUUCGAGGACGCCAUGAUGCACAUUUGCCGCAUCAAUCGCAUCCUGGAGUCGCCGCGCGGCAACGCUCUUCUGAUCGGCGUGGGCGGCAGCGGCAAGCAGUCGUUGUCCCGUCUGUCCGCCUCCAUCAGCAGCCUGGAUGUCUUUCAGAUCACUCUGCGCAAAGGCUACUCCAUAACGGACCUCAAGCUCGACUUGGCCGAGCUGUACCGCAAGGCCGGGAUCAAGAGCGUGGGAAUCAUGUUCCUGAUGACUGACUCGCAAGUGGCGGAUGAGAAGUUCCUGGUUCUGAUCAACGACCUUCUGGCCUCGGGCGAGAUCCCGGGACUCUUCACCGACGACCAGAUGGAAGAGGUGUUCAACGGCGUCAAGUCUGAGGUCAAGCAGGCAGGGAUGGACGAAACGAGGGAGAACUGCUGGUCGUUCUUCAUCGACAAAGUGCGACGUCUGCUGAAGGUGGUGCUGUGCUUCUCACCUGUCGGAAACACCCUGCGGGUACGCAGCCGCAAGUUCCCUGCUGUUACCAACUGCACGUCCAUCGACUGGUUCCACGAGUGGCCGGAGCAGGCCUUGAUAUCAGUCAGUGCCCGCUUCCUUGAAGACAACGAAUAUUUAUCGCCUGAUGCAAGAACCUGCAUCUCCAAAUUCAUGUCCUUCGUCCACUCGUCCGUCAAUGAGCUGAGUCAGGAGUACAUGGCAGUGGAGAAGCGCUAUAACUACACGACACCCAAAAGCUUUCUGGAGCAGAUCACGCUGUACCAGAACCUUCUUCAGAGGAAGUUUGUCGACCUCCAGGGCAGCAUCACCCGUCUGGAGAAUGGUUUGGAGAAGCUUAGGAGUACCGCGGCUCAGGUGGAUGACUUGAAGGACAAGCUCGCCGCCCAGGAAGUGGUCGUGGCCCAGAAGAACGAGGACGCCAACAAACUGAUCCAAGUGGUGGGCGCCGAGAAAGAGAAGGUCGGCAAAGAGAAGGCCAUCGCCGACGAGGAGGAGAAGAAGGUGUCGGUCAUCACCAAGGAGGUGCAGAUCAAGCAAGAGGACUGCGCCAGGGAUCUGGCCAAGGCGGAGCCUGCCCUUGCUGCAGCCGAGGCUGCCUUGAACACCUUGAACAAGAGCAAUCUCACGGAGAUGAAAGCUUUUGUCCCGCCAGCAGCUGUGGUGAACGUGACCUCCGCAGUGAUGUGUCUGCUGGCGCCCAAAGGGAAAGUGCCCAAGGACCGGAGUUGGAAAAAUGCAAAGGCCACUAUCAUGUCGAAGGUCGACCAGUUUCUGUACGAUUUGAUCAACUACGACAAAGACCAUAUCCCAGAAGAAUGCCUGAAAGCCAUAAAGCCUUACUUGGCAGACCCAGACUUCAAUCCGGAAUUCAUAGCCGCCAAGUCCACUGCCGCGGCAGGUCUGUGCUCUUGGGCUAUCAACAUCGUCACCUACUACUACAUCUACUGCGACGUGGAGCCCAAGCGCAUCGCGCUGCAGGUGGCCACGGACGAGCUGCAAGCGGCGCAGGACAAGCUGAAGAUGAUCAAGGACAAGGUGGCGAGUCUGCAGGCCACUCUGGCCGCGUGCCAGGCGGACUUCGAGAGGGCUACAAACGAGAAGAUCCGGUGCCAGCAGGAGGCUGAGGCCACUGGCAAUGUGAUCUCCCUGGCCAACCGCCUGGUGGGCGGCCUGGCCUCCGAGAAUGUGCGCUGGGACGCCUCCAUCGGUCAGUUACGCAACAACAAGAGGAUGUUGCCAGGGGACGUCAUGCUGAUCACGGCGUUCAUCUCCUACGUGGGCUCCUUCACCAAGAAGUACCGCCUGGACCUGAUGGAUACCCACUGGCUCCCCACGAUACGCAAGUACUCCGAGAUCAUCCCCGUGACGGAAGGCCUGGACCCGCUGACCAUGCUCAUCGACGACGCGGUGAUCGCCGGCUGGAACAACGAGGGGCUACCCGGAGACCGCAUGUCCAUCGAGAACGCCACCAUCCUGACCAGCUGCGAGCGCUGGCCGCUUAUGAUCGACCCCCAGCUGCAGGGCAUCAAGUGGAUCAAGCUGCGGUACGGAGACCUGAAGGUGACGCGCCUCGGCGCCAAGGGCUACUUGGACAUCAUCGAGAGCGCUGUGACCAACGGCGAUGUAGUACUACUGGAGAACAUCGGCGAGGGCAUGGACCCCGUGCUAGACUCGCUACUGGGCCGGAACACUAUUAAGAAGGGCCGUGCCAUCAAGAUGGGCGACAAGGAGGUGGAGUACAACAAGAACUUCCGCUUAAUCCUACAAACCAAACUGGCCAACCCACACUACAAGCCUGAGAUGCAGGCGCAGACCACUCUCAUCAACUUUACUGUCACACGGGAGGGGCUGGAGGACCAACUGCUGGGCUCGGUCGUGUCCAAGGAGCGGCCGGACCUGGAGGCGCUAAAAUCGGAGCUGACCCGCCAGCAGAACCAGUUCAAGAUCACUCUGAAGGAACUGGAGGAUAACUUGCUGGCGAGGCUCUCGUCCGCAGGCGAGGACAUUCUCAGCGACACGGCGCUGGUGGAGAACCUGGAGAUCACCAAGAAGACCGCCGCGGAGAUCGCCGUGAAAGCUGAGGAAGCGAAAGUCACGGAGGUGGAGAUCAACACGGCCAGAGAAGGUUACCGGCCGGUGGCUGCUCGGGCUUCCCUCCUGUACUUCAUCAUGAACGAUCUCUACAAAAUCCACCCAAUGUAUCAGUUCUCUCUAAAGGCAUUCAGUGUCGUGUUCAUCAACGCCAUUGACCGAGCGGAGCCAGCUGAGGAAGUCAAAGGGCGCGUGAAGAAUCUCAUCGACAGCAUCACUUUCCUCGUCUUCAUCUACACGAGCAGGGGCCUUUUUGAGAGGGACAAGCUUAUUUUCAUUUCACACAUGACCUUUCAGAUUCUGCUAAUGACAAAAGACAUUGAUCCAGUAGAGAUGGAUUUUCUCCUGCGUUACCCAGCCAAUCCAAACGUGCAGUCACCUGUAGAGUUCUUAACUCACCUGUCCUGGGGAGGCAUAAAGGUUUGACUCUCUGACAAAGAUGAGUUCCGGAACCUCGACAAAGACAGAGGCUCCGCCAAGCGCUGGAAGACGUUCGUGGAGCACGAGACGCCGGAGAGAGAGAAGUUCCCCCAAGAAUGGAAGAACAAGACCUCGCUGCAGAAGCUGUGCAUGAUGCGCUGCAUGCGACCUGAUCGAAUGUGUUACGCUGUCAGUGGCUUUGUUGAAGAAAAACUGGGAAAGAGAUUCGUGGAGAAUCACUCGCUCCCGUUCGCCGUGUCCUACGAGGAGUCUGGGCCGGCAACUCCCGUCUUCUUCAUCCUGUCGCCGGGAGUGGAUCCCCUGAAGGACGUGGAAGCCCUGGGGAAGAAACUGGGUUUCACCACCGGCGAUGGAAACUUUCACAACAUCUCCUUAGGGCAAGGACAGGAGGUGGUGGCCGAAGCGGCCAUGGAGCGGUCUGCCAAGGAAGGGCAGUGGGUGGUGCUGCAGAACGUUCACCUGGUGGCCAGGUGGCUGCCGAAACUCGAGAAAAUGAUGGAGGUAUACGCUGCUGAGAGCGACCCCAGGUAUCGCCUGUACAUCAGCGCCGAGCCGUCGGCCUCACCGGAUGGUCACAUCAUUCCGCAGGGCAUCCUCGAGUCCGCCAUUAAGAUCACCAACGAGCCCCCCACCGGAAUGUUUGCCAACAUCCACAAGGCGCUCAACCUCUUCUCGCAGGAAACGAUGGAGAUGUGCUCGAAGGAGCUGGAGUUCAAGAGCAUCCUGUUCUCUCUUUGCUACUUCCACGCUGUGGUGUGCGAGCGGCGCAAGUUCGGCCCCCAGGGCUGGAACCGCAACUACCCCUUCAACGUGGGCGACCUGACCAUCAGUGUCAGCGUCCUGUUCAACUACCUGGAGACUAGCAGCAAGGUGCCAUGGGAAGACCUGCGCUACCUGUUUGGUGAGAUCAUGUACGGUGGCCACAUCACCGACGACUGGGACCGGCGAUUGUGCCGGACCUACCUGGAGGUCUUCAUGCAGAACAACAUGCUGGACGGAGACCUCUUCCUUGCACCCGACUUCCCUUUGCCCCCAAAUCUGGACUACGUUGGUUAUCACACCUACGUGGACGAGAACCUGCCACCCGAGAGCCCUGUCCUGUACGGUCUGCACCCCAACUCGGAGAUCGAGUUCCUGACGCAGCUGUCGGAGAACCUGUUCAAGGUGGUCUUCGAGCUGCAGCCGCGGAACGCUGGAGCCGGCGCUGCGGGUGCCGUCAGCCAGGAGGAGAAGGUCAAGAGCAUCCUCGACGAGUUUUUGGAGAAACUUCCGGAUCCGUUCUUGAUGGAGGAGCUCAUGGGCAAGGUGCCGGUGGAAGAACGCACGCCGUACGUCGUGGUGGCUUUCCAGGAAUGUGAGAGGAUGAACGGGCUCACCAUAGAGAUCCGCCGCUCCCUCAAGGAGCUGGCCCUGGGCCUCAAGGGAGAGCUUACAAUCACUUCGGACAUGGAGGACCUGUCCAACGCGCUGUUCAUGGACAAAGUGCCGGAGACGUGGAAUAAGCGGGCCUACCCGUCGCUGUACCCGCUGAUGUGGUUCGCCGACCUGCUGCAGCGCAUCCGGGAGCUGGAGAACUGGACCGGCGACUUCUCCCUGCCUGCCGCCGUGUGGCUGGCCGGCUUCUUCAACCCGCAGUCCUUCCUGACCGCCAUCAUGCAGCAGAUGGCCCGCAAGAACGAGUGGCCGCUGGACCGCAUGGUGCUGCAGUGUGACGUCACCAAAAAGACUCGCGAGGAAAUGGCGGGGGCGCCGCGAGAGGGCGCCUACGUGCACGGGCUGUACAUGGACGGUGCCCGCUGGGAUUUGCAGACCAGCAUGAUCGCAGAGUCGCGCCUGAAGGAGCUGACUCCUCUGAUGCCAGUCAUCUUCAUCCGCGCCAUCCCAGUGGACCGCCAGGACCUGCGCAACAUCUACGAUUGUCCCGUGUACAAGACCAAGAUGCGCGGACCCACCUUCGUCUGGACCUUCAACCUCAACCAAGAGAAGCCCAGCAAGUGGACCCUGGGUGGCGUGGCCAUCCUCCUGCAGGUGUAGACGAGCAGCGAGCUUCGGGAGGGGGGACCUGGACGCUGGAACGAACAAAUCAGACUUUUUCAUUCCUUCCUUUCUUGAUUUUGUACUUUGACCUUUAGACCUGGAUGUCAACGUGAACUGCUGCAAGUGGAAGUCACUCAGUUCAGAUGUGAACCGUUCAGUCUUCCAUGACUGGAAAAUGGACAUGAAGCCCUAACAUAACGGACUUUUAACAACGGUAAACUUUAAAACUCUGUAGGUAAUUGCUCAAGUAAAGUGUUGUGUCUAUCACUAUGGGGCAGCAAGCUUUCGUGGGAAAAUGUCUAUACUGUUGCUUUGACACUAGGGAAGUAUACAUUUCACAAAAAAUAUAUUACAAAAGAAGAAACAUUUCGUAAUUUGUAUAUUUUGCUGACAAUUCCACCAGAAAUUUAUAACAUAAAUGAAGAAUAGAGAGCUUCUUAGUUGUAAUUUGAGAUGAUGCGAAAGUGCGAACAUUUCCCCCCAGAAAUAGAAACCUUCCACUGUCGAAAGAUAAUGUUUAGUGCCUAAUCUAGGAAACUUUACAUUGGCCAAUCUUUAUUCACAGGGAAAUUAACCUUUUAUAUGUUGUC